AUGGUUGACCGUAUUGGCCUGAGCCCGGAAGCUAGCAGGGCUGAGGAUGGGCUUGGGUCACUCGAGAAAUCGGCAGCAACCACGGAAGAACACCAGCGCCAGAAUAUCAUCCGCUUCAAGGUGACCCAUGUUCUUCUUACUGUUCUGCUGUUAUGGUUGACGGCUGUCCAUGUCGUGGGCAUUCUUUUUUUCGCCAAAGGCUUCCUCCUUACAAGACUUGUCUUGGAUAAUAGGUCAGAAUGCGGUGUACUCCCUGAUGGGCAGCCCUCUCAAAUAUCGAACGGAUGCUGGCAUCCAAAGACUUUCGACCGAGCUGUGAUUCUAAUCAUCGAUGCCUUACGAUACGAUUUUACCAUUCCUUCUCGCCGGGUCUUUGAACAGCCACCGCAAAAGUACUAUCUUGACAACCUUCCUCUCUUACACGAAACUGCCGUUUCUCACCCAGAUCAUGCAAUCCUACUCCCAUUCAUCGCCGACCCGCCCACGAGUACGCUGCAAAGGCUGAAAGGAUUGACAACCGGCACCCUUCCGACAUUCAUAGAUAUUGGUUCAAAUUUUGCGGGUACUGCUAUUGAGGAAGACAAUAUAGUAUCGCAAUUGAAAAACGCUGGGAAAACAAUCGUACACCUUGGAGAUGACACAUGGCAUUCGUUAUUUCCUGGUUAUUUCGAUCCGAACAUGACCCAUUCAUACGAUUCUUUCAAUGUUUGGGACUUGCACACAGUUGACAAUGGUGUCAUCGAACAUAUAAUGCCCCUGCUUGACCAAUCUCCUCAGCAGUGGGACGUUAUCUUCGGACACUUCCUCGGCGUUGACCACGCUGGUCAUCGAUUCGGGCCUGACCAUCCGGCCAUGGCAGAGAAAUUACGUCAAAUGAACGAUGUUUUACAAGAAAUCAUGCAUAAACUGGACGAUGAUACUCUCCUUGUCGUUAUGGGUGACCAUGGUAUGGAUACAAAAGGGGAUCAUGGCGGCGAGUCUGAUGAGGAAGUGGAAGCCGCGCUGUGGAUGUACUCCAAACAACCCAGAUUUGGCAAGGCCGAAACGGCCGUUUUACUGCCUCCAGCAACUGCGAAAGAACGUCCUGUUGGCCAAAUAGACCUGGUAUCAACCCUAUCCAUCCUCCUGGGCCUACCAAUACCUUUUAAUAACCUCGGCAAACCGAUUGCGGAGGCAUUCACAGGACCUGGAAGCCCGGACUGGAAAACUCUUGCAAGAGUGGACCGUUUGGCCCAGAGCCAGAUUGCAAGAUAUCAGGAGCACUAUUCCCGUUCUCGAGAUCUCGGCCUCGAUGAUAAUGCGUAUCGGGACCAGCGCACGUACCUUGCACUCUCGGUGGAGUCUGCAGCAGACGGCCGGUGGGAGGACGCACACCAUGCUUAUGUCAAUUGGCAUAACGAAGUCAUCUCCAUGUACCGAAGACUAUGGGCCAAUUUCAACGUGGAAGACAUGAUCUGUGGAAUUACCAUCUCUGGCCUUGCACUUGGGUUUGUCUUUUUCUUCUCGCGGCUAUCAAUGGGAGACAAAGCCAGCGCCGCUCCAGGUCUCCUCAGGAGUGCCGGUCUGGGGACAGUUGUAGGCGCCGCCAUCGGCUCUGCACUCGGAUUUCUUACACCCUCCUCUUUUUCUUUCUUGCCUGGACUUGUCUUUGGUGGCACCAUUUGCGGGGUGAUAGCAGCGACGGUCUGGUCUUUUCGCCAUCGGCUCACCACACAAUCAUAUCUUCCCUCCUUAUGGGGUUGGAUGGCAUUGGUGUUCUGUCUGACGCAGUCGGCAGGCUUCGCUUCCAAUUCCUACACCAUCCAUGAAGACACCAUCCUUCUUUUCUUUCUGACCACUUUCGGCAUCUUAUCAUUGAUAUCAUCCCUCAGACAAGCAUCCACAGCCGACCGGGUGCUUGGUACAUAUCAGUCGGUUCUGUUUAUACUCUUGACUCGACUUGCAUCGUUUUCGCGGUUGUGCCGCGAAGAGCAGAUGCCAGGUUGCCGCUCAACCUUUUACGCCUCAUCCAACUCAUCCACGUCAGCUCCAUGGCAACUGCUCAUACCAUACUCCGUAGCCUUACUUCUUCCUGAGAUAAUCAAAGCCUUCUACCAAGGUACAGCUUCAUACGCGGGUUCAGCAGGGUUCUGGAUUGGGUUCAGCUUCCGCAUCGGCUUGCUACUGGUGGCCGCCUACUGGACAAUCGAUGUUGCAGACAAUGGAGGCUGGUUGAUGGAACGGUUAUCACCAACAACAUUGAAAACAAUCAACAUAACACUAGCAAGAUCUGCCCUUGCGAUUGCCGUUCCGGUCGGAAUCGGUACCUUUGUGUGGGCGAAACCAUGCAUCAACAUUUCCAUCAGCGAGCCGAGGCCUGCCGCGGACAACUCAGGGAAGCCUCCACGACCUCAACUGACCAUCUACGGUUACGCCAAUGUUUAUGGAAGUCGUUAUUUAUUGAUGAUUCCCAUGCUUGUGUUGUCCGUUGCACUGCUUCUGCCCCCCGUGGGUCAGUUCUCGAUCGCAAUCUGUACGUGGCAAAUCCUUUGUCUGCUCGAAAUCCUCGACACGAACGGGUUGACCAUUUCUUCAAGAGGCAGCUCCAGUGUUGGACCGAUUAUACUGGCGCUCCUUGGAUCGUACCACUUUUUUAAGACCGGACAUCAAGCGACAUUGGCGUCGAUUCAAUGGAACUCGGCGUUUGUGCCGUUGCGCACGAUUCAAUAUCCCUGGUCACCGCUUCUAGUUGUACUGAACACCUUUGGCGCGCAGAUCAUUUGUGCUGCAGCAGUUCCAUUGACUGUUAUCUGGAAAAGGCCAACUGGCAAGGCGGGACUGCGAGGGCUGUGGAACGACGUGUUGAAUGCUUGUCUGGCACAUGCCCUCUACUAUGCGACAAUUCAACUAGCGACGACGAUGUGGGCGGGACAUUUACGUCGACAUUUGAUGUUAUACAGAGUGUUCAUGCCGAGGUAUCUGAUGGCUUGUGCAGUGCUUCUCAUUGUGGACAUGGUGCUUGUUGUCGCUGCUUUGGCGGGUGUAAGGGUCGUCGGCCUUAGCGUCGGCGAGGUAUUUGGGUACUGA